GUUUGUCGCUGGUCUGGCUGCCCAGAUGCUGGACUUCUUCGAGGUCCAUUCUCCUUGCUAAGCCACAUCAGUGAACAUCAUUGCAACCAACCUAGCAUGCUGUUUAAGAUAGGGAAUUCGAUUGGCAGCCAUUGCCCCCUAUCAGGCGUUGAUAGGACAAGUGCAGACUGCCUUUCAACUGGAACCGAACCUUUCAAUAGUCCUGUAGACGCUAGUCUUAGCCAAAGUUCUCGUUUGCCAUUGCUCUUGCAAUCCCCAAUGCCCUGCGUGACCUCAACUGUAGCGGAUUCCUCCGCCACAUUCUCUAAGCCAUGGGUCGAAGAAGCUCAGUACAAUCAUACACAACAAUCCUGUAGUUUCCAGACAGCUCUGCAGCGUUGCAUCACUCUCCAAACAGAGCCGCUAUCUUUACCUCCCCACGAGGGUCCUGUCACUAAACAUCUACGAUUAACUGCAGCAUUAACCUUGAAAAAUUUGGCCGUCCAUUCUGAAAGAGCACGUCGGUAA